AUGAAAGUAUUAUCUGAAGGACAAUUAAGGUUUUGUGCUGUUCAACCAAUACAUUUCACAUCAUGGCUGCUCAUACUCUUCAUUUUGAAGUCUAUCUCUUCUCUGAAACCUGCCCGACUUCCAAUUUAUCAAAGGAAACCUUUUAUAGCUGCUUGGAAUGCUCCAACGGAUCAGUGUUUGGUAAAAUACAAUAUAGGACUAAAUUUGAAAAUGUUUCAGGUGAUUGGAAGCCCACUGGCCAAGGCCAGGGGGCAAAAUGUCACCAUAUUUUAUGUCAACAGACUGGGAUACUAUCCAUGGUAUACAUCCCAGGGGGUUCCCAUUAAUGGGGGUCUCCCCCAGAACAUAAGCUUGCAAGUGCAUCUAGAAAAAGCUGACCAAGAUAUUAAUUAUUACAUCCCUGCUGAAGAUUUCAGUGGCCUUGCUGUUAUAGACUGGGAAUACUGGCGACCCCAGUGGGCCCGUAACUGGAACACAAAAGAUGUUUACAGACAGAAGUCAAGAAAGCUUAUUUCUGAUAUGCAAGAGAACGUAUCAGCUACUGAUAUUGAAUACUUAGCCAAAGCAACAUUUGAAGAAAGUGCAAAAGCUUUCAUGAAGGAAACCAUCGAACUGGGAAUGAGGAGUAGACCCAAGGGCCUCUGGGGUUAUUAUUUAUAUCCGGAUUGCCACAAUUAUGAUGUUUAUGCCCCGAAUUAUACUGGGUCAUGCCCAGAAGAGGAAGUUUUGAGAAACAAUGAGCUCUCUUGGCUCUGGAAUAGCAGUGCUGCUUUAUAUCCUUCUAUUGGUGUCAGAAAAUCUCUUGGCGACAACGAAAACAUUUUGCUCUUCUCACAAUUUCGAGUGCAUGAAUCCAUGAGGAUCUCCACUAUGACAUCCCAUGAUUACGCUCUGCCUGUAUUCGUCUACACAAGGUUAGGCUACAGAAAUGAACCUUUAUUUUUUCUUUCUAAGCAAGAUCUAAUCAGUACCAUUGGAGAAAGUGCUGCCUUGGGAGCGGCAGGCAUUGUCAUCUGGGGAGACAUGAAUUUAACUUCAUCUGAGGGCAACUGUACAAAGGUGAAGCAGUACGUGAGUUCUGAUUUAGGGAGCUACAUAGUCAACGUGACGCGAGCAGCUGAGGUGUGCAGCCUUCACCUCUGCAGGGGGAAUGGGAGAUGCAGAAGGAGAGCAUGGAAAGCCCCGGAUUACCUUCACCUGAACCCUGAAAGUUACCACAUAGAGGCCUCUGAGGAUGGAGAAUUUACUGUGAAAGGAAAAGCAUCGGAUACAGACCUGGAAGCAAUGGAGAAGAAAUUUUCCUGUCAUUGUUAUCGGGGGUACGAAGGAGCCGACUGCAGAGGGACCAAGAUGGCUGAUGGGGGCUCCGGGGUUUUCUCUUUUUCUGGCUCACUGAUAACACUGUGCCUGCUGGUUUUAGCAGGUUCUCAGAGAGCUUGGUUGUGAGAUAGUUGAAUUUAAAGGGAGAUUUACGGCCUAUAGCGUAGUCACCUAGAGAAGAGAUGAAACUUAGGAUGGGUUUUUUUCCUUCUGAAAGCCACUGAGAGGUAUCCU